AUGAUCCAUUUCUCGAGUCGCCAUGGCAUGGCCACCAUGAUAAUGGGCGUUGCUUUGGCCAUGAUCCUAGGCUGUCAUUCGAGUGUUACAGCCGAAGGAACUCCUUCUCUGCGAAGAAAGCGAAAUUUCAUUCAUAUUGAAGAUGAUGAACCUAGAGGCCGAUCUGCCAAUAGAAACUUGGGUGCUUUUAGAUCGGAAACUGUCGCGUGGGGACGAAGUGUUCAGACCUUGCGAAGCAUUACACUGUCUCCUGCCGAAGAAGAAUCCAAAAAACGACGAGAAGAAGAAGAGCAGCAGAAGCGAGAUAUUAUGCUAGCCGAAGAUGAACUGAGAGAGCUAAUGGUUUUUGAUUUGUUCGAGAAUGCUGGAAUGAGCAUGAGUAUGAGUAUGAGCAUGUCUUUUCCUCCAUCGACACCUGCCCCAAAGCCUACGGAUACCCCAAUGACAGCCAAACCAACAGUUGCGCCAAUCACUCAAGCACCUGUUCCUGACCCACCAAUAGCCACGUUGAUUCCUGCUACCUUACCUCCCACCCCAAAUCCAAUUGGUGCAACACCUCAGCCCACUUUGCCUGUUGUCACCGAUUCACCCACGAGAACAGAAACGGAUGCCCCGACCAUGGGAGCCACUGAAACCACUCCAACGGUUGCACCUACAGUUGCGGAAACUCCUGCACCGACAGAUGUUCCUACUAUUCUGGCUACGAGCGAGCCAACCGCGUCUCCCACCAUGACCACUGACGCUCCUACCAACAGAGAGACCAUGGAGCCAACCGUGAUUGAAGUAGUGACGGAAGAACCAACCGAAGGGCUUACCGACCCGCCUGCGGCCGACACACCCAGCCCCACUGCGUUCGCAGUGCCUACCGUGGCGCCCACAUUGGACCCGGCAGCCCCUCUUCCCGGUUGUGAUUCCUUGGACCGAACGGAUGCCAUUUUCUUUGUUCUCUUUGGUUUGACCGACCCAAAUCUGUUGGAUAAUCCAUUGACACCCUAUGGACAAGCCUUUCGGUGGAUUUGGUUGAGCGACCCAUUGCGGUUGGAUCCUUGUGAGACGGCAAAGUUCAAACAGCGUUACGCCUUGGCGCUGUUCUACUUUGCCACGGAGGGAGAUGAUUGGGAGAACAAUGCUGGAUGGCUCACGGGAGAACAUGAGUGCAAUUGGUUCGGUGUCAUUUGCAAUGAAGGAGACUUUGUGAUUGAAUUGGAUUUAGGCAACAACAACCUCGUUGGCUUCAUUCCCGAAGAGACAAAGGCGUUGGUUGUGUUGGAAGUGGUGGAUCUCUCGGACAACCAGUUGGACGGAGAACUACCACCCAUUUUCGGCUCUCUCCCUAGCUUGAGAGAGUUGGAUGUGGAGAGGAAUCUGCUCCAAGGAGAUCCUUUUGCAAACUUGCUUGAAGCCGCGUCUUUGGAAGCCCUCAAGAUAUCCAGUAACUUCCUAACCGGUACCAUUCCCUCCGGUAUUGCUAAGCUUACUCGUCUGACCAAUUUGUGGAUUGCCGAGAAUCGUUUCAUCGGCAACCUCCCGACAGAGAUUGGGCUUCUAUCUGGACUAAGCACCUUCUAUGCGUAUGCGAACCGCAUCACUGGUCCCCUGCCAACUGAGAUUGGAAUUGGAAGCCUACGAGAACUGCAGCUCUUUGCCAACAGGUUCACUGGAACUAUUCCGGAACAACUCUUUGCCAAUGAAGGCUUGGCCCUACUUCGCCUCGAUAUCAACAACUUUGAGGGACCCAUUCCUUCCUCCAUUGGCAAUCUUGUUGGUCUCACAGAUCUUUGGUUGAAUAACAACACAAUUGGGGGCACUCUACCAGCUACGCUUGCCAGAUUGUCCAAUCUAGAGACGCUCCUUUUGAACAACAACAAUCUCGUGGGAACGAUCAGAGACGCUUUCGAGCAGUUCACACGGUUGAACUUUACUGACUUGUCAAACAACCAAAUCACCGGAAGCAUUCCAUCUUCACUGUUCCAAAUUCCAGUUCUCACCAACCUUUACUUGAACAACAAUCGCUUUUCGGGCGUAAUCCCUGCAAACUACGGCAGCGCCAAGAGCCUUCGAGACUUGUACUUGUUCAGCAACCAACUCACGGGAACAGUGCCAAGCAUUGGAGUUGGAGAGUUGCCGUUCCUGAACGAGUUUCUCUUGCAAGACACCCUUUUGACUGGGUCCAUGCCAAGCUCCGUAUGCGAAUUGCGACUAUCUGGCGACCUGGAAGAUUUGUGGGCCGAUUGUCGAUCGUCUGAAUUACAGUGCAACCUUCCUGACUGCUGUACAGCCUGCUUCUAA